AUGACUCGUAAGAGCACGGUCAUGGCUCGUAAGAACACGAUCAGUCGUAUGGUGGAGAUCCUGCUGCCCAUGUUUGGCGUCUGGCCGGGCAGACCGUGCGUUAUAAUCUUCAGGGUGUUUUGGGUCGCCUCGGCAGUAUUCGUCGAGUUUUGCCACUAUCGCUAUUUCGUCUCGCACCUGAGCGCCGAGAAUUUUUUCGAUCUAGUGGACUGCCUGUGCAGCUUCUUGGCGCACGGAAAAGUGAUCACCAAGCUAAUCAUGUUCUGGGUGAAUCAGCGAAAACUGAUGGAAACGUUGGCGCUGAUGACGGACGACUGGAGCGAUCGCGCGAAUAACAACGAUGCCGGCAUGCACAUGAUGGCGCGCAAGGCGAAAACGUGCAAUCGCAUCACUAACGCGAUAAUGAUCCUUCACACCAUGACGAUCGUAACAUAUUGCACCGGGAUGAUCAUCGCCGACGUAAACGUCACCGAUCAAACGACCGAAGUGCCUUACAUCAACAAAGUGCAGAUGCCCUUCCGGGUAGACACGCAGCCGAUGUACAGAUUCGUGCUAAUUGCGGAAUACGUGCACAUGAUAAUAAGCAACUGGGGGGCCGGCAUCGCGAACGCUAUACUGCUGACCCUGAUCUUGCAUGUCGGCGGCCAAAUGGAUAUUCUGCAACGCUGGUUGUCGGAACUCGCGUCUAAGGAUCUCGGCAGCGAACGGGAAUCGAUCGCCAGGACCGCGAGCAAAAUCAUUCAGAAGCAUCAGAGGAUCAUCUACUUUUCCGAAAACAUCGAGAAUCUGUACACGCACAUCGCGUUGUUCCUGUUCGCAUCGAACACCAUACUGAUCUGCUCGCUCGGAUUUCUCAUCGUGACCGCGAUUGGUUCACCCGACGCCACGGAGCAGAUUAUGAAGUCUCUCUUGUUUUACACGUCGACGAACCUCGAGGCGUUCCUUUUUUGCUUCGCCGGGGAAUAUCUGAAUAACAAGAGCAAAAAGAUUGGAUUCGCGGCGUAUAAUUGCGCGUGGUACAAUUUGAAGCCCAAGGAGAGCCGUAUUCUACUGUUCAUAAUAUUAAGGUCGCAGAGGCAAUUAACGCUCACGGCUGGGAAGAUGAUGGAUCUCACUUUGGAAUCCUUCGCAAGUAUCAUGAACGCAUCGGGAUCGUACCUGUCGGUGCUGUUGGCGAUGCAAUGA